AUGUGCUUAAACUGGCCGCAUUCAAAGACAUCGGAGAAGGGAACAACCAUUCCUGCGACCUAUGUGACGACGGAGCCGGUGGAGUCUUUUGUUGGCCGCGAAAAUGAUGUGUCACCAACUUCCGAUCUUUCUGUCGGUAUUGCAACAUGCCCUCCUGCUACGGGUUAUCUACGCGCCCAUCGUCAUACGCAGAGCGAAGUCUACCACAUCUUGGAAGGGGAGGGGAAAGUCACAAUUGACCACAAGUCUAGUAUUGUGAGCAAGGGUGCUACCGUUUACAUCCCUACGAAUGCUGAGCACGAGAUUAUCAACACUGGGAAGGGAGAACUCAAUUGGCUCUAUGUACUCCCGACAAGUUUGUUCAGUGAUAUGGUCUACCGUUUCUCAGAAGAUGAAAAAGCGAAACUUUAA